AUGGCCUCUAUUACAACUACAACGCCGUCUACAAAAGAAACAACUAAUUAUGCCAGGUUAUGCCGUGUUCUUGUUGAUGUGGGCACUUGUGCCCUCAGAGAUUGCUUUGAUGCCAUCUGUGCACCACCAACCCUACACACGUUCUUAGCAGCUAGUCAACCCACAUUGAAGUCUCUAAGAUCACGUAGGAUUAUCACUGCGACUCAAUGGGGAAAGCUUUUUCCCGCAAUCCCUGCUUCAGUGUCUUCAAAACAUUUUGACAUCACUCUACUGAUGGCUUUGUUGCGCAACAUCUGCGGUCUCACUCCUCCGGUAACAGGAUGGGACGUGCUCCCUGCUGCCGCAGACCUGAGCCGUGAGGCGGACAUUGCGCGCGUAAAGUACUUUAGGAAUACAGUGUACGCUCACGCUGAGCACGCUUCCAUUGAUGAUGCAACAUUUGACACAAACUGGAAGGAGAUCCGAGACACUCUAGUACGGCUAGGAGGGGCUACAUACAAGGUAAGCUAGACUCGAAAUGUUCAAUAUGAUAUCCGCUUAUCCUUACCUCAGUAACAACCAUGACCACUGAGGACUCGUCCUCUCUCAUUUAAUGGCUAAUACUUUGACUUACUAAUGCAACGAUUUAUAUGUUACAUGGUCUAUUUCAAGGUCGCUAUUGACAACUUGGAAUUUUGCUGCAUGGAUCCCGAUAUGGAGCACCAUUACAAAGAACUCCUUCGUCAGUGGAAAAAUGAUGAAGAUAACAUAAAAGAUGAAUUGAAAAAACUUUGCACUGAUGUAAAAGAAAUUGGUACUAAUAUAAAAGAAUUUGGCACAGGCAUUAAGAAAUUUGGCACCGACAUAGAAGAAAUUGGUAAUAACAUUAAAGAAUGUGACACAGGCAUCAGGGGAGUUGGCACGGAGGUAAAAGAAAUUGGUACCGAAGUUAAAAGACUUUCAAAGAAACUUGAUGACUUGAUGGCGUCAAAUGUGACACCUGCCAAUGGUGCAGGUAAGUGAGUAGGGAAUUGAGCAGCCACAAUCGAACUUUAACCAACGGCCACCUCUCUUCGGUCAGGCUACUUAGUCCCAGCUGAUAGCUGUGACUCUUGGUUUAAGCUGUUUUCAACGACCACCUCCCUUCCACAGCUAUUAGGGACCUUAAGAUCCGAGGACGGCGAUGGCAGUGAAAAUGUCGCUGAAAAAGUGAAUUCGCGCUUUCAAUUUUUACUUCAAGUCACUAACUUUAUCAAAUAUAGGCGAAGCCUCUUAAAGUUGAAUUCCCAAGAACCAUAUCCAAGUUCAGAAAGAGAGAGAAAAUCUGGUCGUCGCUUGUGUACUUUCUCUGUACAUCGUGAAAUUAGGCAUUUUCACGUCGUAGUCGUGCAGUGGCGGCAAAGAAAAGUACAAAGAAGCGUGAUGCACGUGUAAAAUUGCUGUUUUGCUAAUUAAACCUAUUGCUUUUGUGGAGUUCCCGUUGCCGUUGACGUCGUCGGAUCUUAAGGUCCCUAUUUCCCAGCCUUGUCUGUUAGGUGGCCAGAGUGGUGAAGGUCUACUGCACUAUACAAACACCAAGAAAGCGUGACAAAAUCAAAAUAAGUCUCACGUUAAAAAAUUAGUUCGAAAUUUAGUAACAGAGUGGCUUUUUCUUUCAUCAAAAUUAUCAGAGCUUGUGCUAUAAAUAACUUUAAUGGGAACGUAAAUAUGUUAUCAAGGCGCUUACAGACAACGGCUGAAAACUUUGAAAACUCCCCAAAUAGUCGGAGGUUAACUGUCUCAUGUCACGUGAUCCUAUUAGUCACUUGACUACCAUCUUGCAAAAUACAAGGCGAGGUUGUCGAAAGGCAGACUGAAGUUUCGAUUUCUUUCCCUGUAAAGUUAUUUUCAAUUCAAUGAAUCCAGAAACCAAAACCCUCAAGCACAAGAAAAGAAACGUCAUGUGAGUGUCAAUGUGUUUAGUACGGAAGUACUAAUUGGGGACACUAUUUUUAACGUCUCCCACUGGAGACGAGACCGCCAUUUUACGUGUUCAUCCGAGCCACCGGAAGGUCCAACCGCCUGCAGGGCAAAAGAAGUACCUUCAUUUCUCAGUCAUUUUUAGUCCGUGAGUGUUGGUCCGGUCCAGGGAAUCGAACCCACUACCAUCUGCUCUACUGACUGAACUAAUCCUGCGCGGUUUUGAUAUGCAUCAGAAAUGUACGUACUGACUUGAGCACAACGGUUAAAAUCACGUUCUAAGCUGCUUUGUCAAAUUUGUCUACUCUGGAUCUAAAGUGUUAUUAACAGACGGGCAGGAAAAUCAUUUAUGUAGUUAAAAUACGCCUCACAUUGUAAAACUGAUUAGAAUUCUUGGGGAAGGGGAGCAUUGGUUUUGUGAAACCUCACUCUAAUGCACGACAGUAGUUUACCUGACAAUUGUGUUAGCUUUGUUUAUAUGUUCAGUAUAUUAUAAUCUUAAUUGUAUUUUGUUUUGCCAAAGAUAAAAGCCAAAAACUGAAAGGGAUAGCAGACACCUCGUCGAUGUGCAGAGAGAAAACUCACGAGAAUGAACUUCUGACGUUUUACUGUGAACAGUGCAAAGUGUGCAUUUGUGAAAAAUGUAGACAGACCCGUCACAAUCACCACACCGCCGUGGAUAUCCACCAAGCCGCCGAAGAACACAAAGUUGAUAUCGAGAAGAUUGUACAAGAAAUGAAAAUAGAAAUCGCUGAUCAUGAAGAGCACGCGGAAAAAACAAAGAAUUCCUUGAGAAAAAGCAGAGAAAGGAUUUCUACCGCGCGCAAUAAAGUAAUGACAUCUGUUGAAGAACUUAUCCGACUUUUACAUGAACAUGAGAAAGCUAUGAUAACUAGUUUGGAUGUUAUUGACGGAAAGGAAGACCGACAGUACUCUGCGCAGCUAGAACAUUUACAGGUUUCUAAGAAUCAGUUACAAGAGCAUGUCGAGUGCUGCGAGGACAUCUUACUGAGGGAGAAAAGCGUUGAAAUUUUGCAAGCACAUCAUGCACUUAUCGGACGAUGUAGAGGUCUUCUAAAUGCAGGGAAACUAAACAUUUAUAAACCAUCGCAUGUCAAAUACGAGAUUAAUAAAGAGUAUGUCAAGAAAGUGAAAAGCGUAGUUCCGGCGGUGGGUCGAGUCGUCAUCGUUACCACAGAUCCUUUGCAGUCGGUGGCUGAAGGAAGGGGUUUACAGGAAGUAAAAUUAGGAAGCGAAGCAACGUUUAAAAUAACAACCAAGGACUCUGAUGGAAACAAGUUUUAUGAUGAAAACGAUCAGAUUCAAGUGAAAGUCCAGUCUCCCUCAGGAGAAGAACUGACCCACGUGAUUUCAAGUGACAAAGAUGGUGAAUAUAGCGUCACAUACACACCAGAUUGUUUCGGACCACAUGACGUGAUGGUGGCGGUUAACUGUCAGCCGCUGACAGGAAGUCCAUGGAGCGUUCAUGUGACUUGUGUGUCACAAGUUCAUUUUACACAUCAGUAUACAUAUUCAUUUCCGUUUGGCUCAUCUGGGAACAGAAAGGGAACUUUUUGUUGGCCCAGUAGCAUUGCGACAGAUGGUAAUACUGGCAAUGUUGCAGUGGCCGAUCAAAAUAGUGUACAACUAUUUAGUGCACAAGGCACGUAUCCACAAAUUCUUGUCGCUUAUCAACUAAAUGAUCCGACGUCAGUAGCAUUCACCAAGUCAAGUGAACUGUUAGUUAUUGCUUCUCACACGAUUUUUUGCUACAAUAGAAGUUACAAAUUUAUAAAAUACGUCAUCAACAAAAAACUGCAGAAACCAAAGUAUCUGAACAUUGCAUCUGAUGGACGGAUGUUGGUGUGUGACUGGGGUGAUCACACAGUCAAGGUCCUGUCCUCUGAUGGCUCACAGCUCUUGAUUGCCAUCCGUGAUCCUAACCGUGCAAUCCCAUGCAAUGCAGUGUGUCAUCAAAAUAUGUUUUAUAUUUCCUAUCCAAAAGCAGGUAAUGUAAAGGUAUUCAGCAAAGAUGGGGUGUUGUUGUACAGUAUCGGCACCUCAGAGUCUGGUGUUCGACAUCUGAGUUUUCCUGCGGGUAUUGCAAUUGACAGGUUUAAUAACCUGGUGGUGUGUGAUCGUGAUAAAGCAAGACUUCAGUUAUUUACUCUUGACGGGAAAUUUGUGAACUCAAUAGAAGGACAACAUAUUGGGCUUAGCGCACCAUAUUCUGUUGCUGUGUCAAGCAAUGGCCAGCUUUUUGUUACUAGUUCACUGGACAAAUUCUGUGUGUAUGUUUUCCAGUGA